AUGGCCUCUGCAUCACUUCUUAAGUCAUCUCCUGUUCUUGACAAGUCUGAGUUUGUCAAGGGCCAGACACUCCGUCAAACGGUUGUACGCUGCCACCCUAAUUCCGCCCCAUCAUCGCUCAGCGUUCGUGCUUCCUCUUACGCCGAUGAGCUUGUUAAAACCGCGAAAACUGUUGCAUCGCCGGGGCGUGGAAUUCUGGCAAUGGAUGAAUCCAAUGCUACUUGUGGAAAGCGUUUGGCGUCCAUCGGGCUUGAGAACACGGAGGCUAAUCGCCAAGCUUACCGUACCCUCCUGGUGACUGCCCCCGGCCUUGGCCAGUACAUCUCAGGUGCAAUUCUCUUCGAGGAGACUCUCUACCAAUCCACUACCGAUGGGAAGAAAAUGGUCGAUGUCCUAGUACAGCAAAACAUUGUCCCCGGUAUCAAAGUCGACAAGGGUUUGGUUCCCCUUGCUGGUUCAAAUAAUGAGUCCUGGUGCCAAGGUCUUGAUGGCCUUGCUUCCCGGUCUGCUGCUUACUACCAACAGGGUGCUCGUUUUGCCAAAUGGCGUACUGUUGUGAGCAUUCCCAACGGUCCAUCUGCCUUGGCCGUGAAGGAGGCUGCCUGGGGACUGGCUCGAUAUGCUGCCAUUUCUCAAGACAAUGGAUUAGUUCCAAUUGUAGAACCAGAAAUCUUGCUUGAUGGAGAACAUGGGAUUGACAGGACUUUUGAGGUUGCUAAAAAAGUAUGGGCUGAGGUGUUCUUCUACUUGGCUGAGAACAAUGUCCUGUUUGAGGGUAUUCUCCUCAAGCCUAGCAUGGUUACCCCGGGUGCCGAGUGCAAGGACAAGGCUACUCCCGAGCAGGUUGCUGAGUACACUCUCAACCUCCUCAAAAGGAGAAUCCCCCCAUCUGUCCCUGGAAUCAUGUUUUUGUCUGGUGGGCAAUCUGAAGUGGAGGCAACAUUGAACUUGAAUGCCAUGAACCAAGCACCCAACCCAUGGCACGUCUCGUUCUCAUAUGCAAGGGCACUACAAAACACAUGCUUGAAGACAUGGGGAGGGCGUCCGGAGAAUGCAGCUCAGGAUGCUUUGCUUGUUCGGGCCAAGGCUAACUCUCUUGCUCAGCUCGGGAAAUACACCGGCGAGGGAGAAUCUGACGAAGCCAAGAAAGGAAUGUUUGUUAAGGGCUAUGUCUACUAA